AUGAGCUUUUUCAAUCAGAUUGGGCGCUCGAUGGGCCUCCCAUCGCGGUCCGCCAAGCCGCGGGCGCAGCCGCAGCCGCAGCCCGUCGUGCUGGAGCGGCCGUGGAGCGAUGCGCCCGUGCCCGCGCCGCACAAGCCGCUCUACCUGUGUCAGCCGUUCGAGCGGAGCACGCUGAUCAAGGGCUCGUUCCGCACGAUUGUCGCGCUGCCCAAGUAUGUGCACCCGUACGAGUGGGUCGCGAUCAAUCUGUGCGACUUUUUCCACAACCUGAACUUGUUCUGUGGCGUGCUGACCGAGUUUAUGACGACGCAGGCGCAGCCGACAAUGUCGGCCGGCGUCGGGAUGCACUAUACCUGGGUCGAUAUCCACCGCAAGCCGAUCCAUCUGCCGGCGGCGCAGUACAUCGACUUUGUGAUGACGUGGAUUGCGCAGCUUUUGCAGGACGAGGCUGUCUUUCCCACGCGCCCCGGCCGCGACUUUCCCCCGACGUUCCCCACGACCGCGAAGCACAUGUACAAGCACAUGCUGCGCAUCUUUGCCCACAUAUACCACGCGCACUUCCCCGAGCUCGUGCACCUCAGUUGCGAGGGCCAUCUCAACUCGCUGUUCGCGCACUUUCUCGUGUUUGGCCACGAGUUCCAGCUCUUCCAGUUUGCCGAGUUCAAGGGCGGCCCACCCGCGUGCCGCGGCGGCGUAGGUGGCCCAGAGCAUCCCGCUAUGGAGACGCCUGCGCUGCGCGACGUCGCCGCCGCGCCGAUCGGAUGCACGGGCGAGCCGCAGCCCUACCCUGGCGUAUGUGAUCUGAUCGAGCGAUGGGUCGAACGAGAUAUCCUGCCACGCGAGGUGCUGGGGUGA